CUCAGGGAUUGUGUAAUUUGCUUACAGAAAAACCAAGGUAUAUAUCUCCAAAACAACCACUCGUGGAUCACACAAGCAACCCCCAUCAGUUUGAUGGGGUAGUGGUGACAAGAUGAUGUCUCUCCACACAACAAUUUAUACCCCAACAACAAGUCACUUUUUUCGGCUUCCUUUUCUGGACUUUACAACUUCGGGCUGUCAGUUUUCCCUCCCGUCUAAACACACUCACUCACUUCACCGUUAACCAACAUGAGCACAUGGAGCGGUAGUUUCACCCAAACAUAUGCGAACCCAGAGAACCUGGUCCGUGCCGAACAAGAGUUUGACGCUUUUAUGGAUUUGUAUCAACGAAUUAUGGACACUUGCCGUGCCAAGUGUAUCCCACCUCAUUACCACGAACCUGAUCUGAACAAGGGUGAAUCGGUAUGCAUUGAUCGCUGCGUAUUCAAAUACGGAGCAGUACAAAAAUUGCUGAGCAAGAAAAUGGAUGGUCAAGCCGAGAAUUUGAGCAAUUUAGGCUCGUCGGGUGGUUGAUUACCUAGUACCUUGUAAAUAAGUUCUCACUCAUAACACUACUAUUACUGCUACUGCUACUGCUACUCCAUCCUACAUCAUUUAUACCUUCUCCAGCUCUCGCCCUCUCUCUCUCUGUCUGUCUGUCUCUGUCUCUGUCUUUUUUCUUUCUCCUUGUUUCUAUCCGUUUUUUCUUUGUAUCAUACGUCGUAAUUUUUAACACACACACACACACACACACACACA